GUGGGGGGCCACGUGACUCUGUUGCCAUGGCGUUCAGGUUGUCGUGCAAUUUGUGGCACACUGGUGGGCGGCAGACUGAAAACUCUGUAUACUGUAGACAAUAAACUAAAAUUGAGAACAAGGACAGGUCUUUUGAAAUGAUCUGUAAUGUACUCCUGAAAUGUACAAAAAGAAACCCCAAUCUGGUGAAUUAAUACCCGGCGUCUCCUCAGCCAUGUGAUAAACGCUCUGGUGCUUUGAAGCAUCACAUUGCGCAGUAUGCGCUGGAUCUGUUCUGCAUUACUGAGCAGGGGGAGCCGAUGGAGAAGGGAGGGAAACCGAGGUGGGGUGAGGAGGGGAAAGAGACGGUGGGAGGGGGUUUGCAGAGAGCACAGGAGUGAGGGAGAAAGAGAGAAAUCGCUAGAGAGAGAGAGAAAGAUGUGGGGGGAUUCUCCUAACUCAGAUUUUCUGCAGUGCUGUGCAUGGCUCAGUGUUUAGCAAGGGUGGGAGGCAAAGAGAGAGAGAGAGCCUGUCUGCCACAGGGGACUCUACAGCUAGAGCGCACUCCCCUCCUCCUCCUCAUCCUCGCCGCCUUUCUCCGUCCCUCCUUUCCUUUCUCCCUCUGUCUCCGAGCCUGCCCUUCCUCCCUGCCUUGCUCAAUCUGGGCUUGGGAAGGCUGGAAUUCCCCCCCGGUGCAUGUCACCAGAUAACAUUUGGAUGGUGGCAGGAAGAGAACGAGGUUUAGAGAGACGGACAGAGGCAGCGAGAAGAGAAGGAAAGGAAAGGAAAUAUUGAUUGCGUCCAGGGGGAUUCCAUCACUCUCGCCAGCGGCUUGUGAUCCUGGAAAACAGCGGGCAGGGACGCAAUGAGGAGGCGCAUUUGGCCGGGGAUGUAGGGGUCCGCCACAGCCCCUCUCUAGAGACUUCAGCUGGGGCGUUUUUACCGUAGUCGACCGGGUGGAAGGCGGGGAUUCUGUGGCGCUUUGUGCUCCAGGUUGCACGGCUGAGCUCAGCCUUGGGGGUCCACUCAGAGAGGAGCGUACAGGGCUUCUGCUGGGGAGCGCCAAGGGCUCAGCACAGCUCAGCACCAUGCCUGAGGCCAACUACCUGUUCUCUGUGUCCUGGGGAUACAUCAAGUUCAAGAGGAUGCUGAACCGGGAGCUGAGCCACCUGUCGGAGAUGAGUCGCUCAGGCAACCAAGUGUCAGAGUACAUCUCCAACACCUUCCUAGACAAGCAGAAUGAGUUGGAGCUUCCGUUACCAAUUCCUAAGUUGCGGAAGAGGAGGCAGCACCACCAGCAGCAGCAGCAGCAGCAGCAGCAACAGCAACAGCAACAACAGCAGGUUGGGAUGAUGACUAAGAUCAGCGGGGUGAGGAAGGUCAGCAACACGCCCAGCAUCUCUGGAAGCACCAGCAAUCGUUUCGGGGUCAAGACGGACCAAGAGGAGCUGCUGUCGAAGGACCUGGAGAACAUCAACAAAUGGGGCCUGAACAUCUUCCAAGUGGCCGAGCACUCCCACAACCGACCGCUCACGUGCAUCAUGUACAGCAUCUUUCAGGAGCGAGACCUGAUGAGGACGUUCAAGAUUCCAACAGACACCUUCGUGACGUUCAUGCUGACCUUGGAGGGCCACUAUCACUCCGACGUGGCCUACCACAACAGCCUGCACGCCGCUGACGUAGCCCAGUCCACACACAUCCUCCUGUCAACCCCCGCACUGGAUGCGGUCUUCACAGAUCUUGAGAUCUUGGCAGCCAUUUUCGCUGCGGCCAUUCACGACGUGGACCACCCAGGAGUGUCCAACCAGUUCCUCAUCAACACCAACUCCGAGCUGGCUCUGAUGUACAACGAUGAGUCAGUGCUGGAGAACCACCACCUGGCCGUGGGCUUCAAACUGCUGCAGGAGGACAACUGCGACAUCUUCCAAAACCUCAACAAGAAGCAGAAGCAGUCUCUCCGGAGGAUGGUCAUAGACAUGGUUUUGGCAACUGAUAUGUCGAAACACAUGAGCCUGCUGGCUAAUCUGAAGACGAUGGUGGAAACCAAGAAAGUGACCAGCUCUGGAGUCCUGCUGUUGGACAACUACACCGACAGGAUGCAGGUUUUGCGUAACAUGGUUCACUGCGCGGACCUGAGCAACCCCACCAAACCUCUGGAUAUCUACCGGCAGUGGACGGACAGGAUCAUGGAUGAGUUCUUCCACCAGGGAGACAGGGAGAGGGAGCGAGGGAUGGAGAUCAGUCCGAUGUGUGACAAACACACAGCUUCAGUGGAGAGGACACAGGUUGGUUUCAUUGACUACAUCGUCCACCCUCUGUGGGAAACGUGGGCCGACCUGGUCCACCCUGACGCCCAGGACAUCCUGGACACGCUGGAGGACAACAGGAACUGGUACCAGAGCAUGAUCCCCCAGAGUCCCUCCCCUCCCUUCUACAGCAGCGACGGCGAGGGCGGCCUGCACGGGGAGCUGGAGGGCGGAUCUGUGACGAGUAAAUUUCAGUUUGAGCUGACGCUAGAUGACCAGGAUGGACAGAGUGGGGAAAGGGAGAUGAUGGAGACGACGGACGACGUAGUACUCCAGCCCCAUCCCUUAGAUGAGGUUGAAAUGACGACGUGUGAAGUCUCGCCAACGGCAACAUAGCUGAACUGGUGGCAUUCUGGGAGAGCAGCAAGUGUUGCUGUUGUGGCUGAAUUCAUUUUAUUGCAGUAGAGCAAUCCUGCAAUGUGGCUCUUUGGAGCUGCCUGGCAAAGAGGGCCUGACUGCAUGUGGGGCACCCCUGCAUACGAGGCUUGGAAACCCUGUUUUUGAGCGCCCUAGAAGGGAGCUGGAAGCAGCGUGUUCUUUAAAGAAGGGACUACUGUCAGACUGCCGAGGCAGGCCUGAAUCUCACAGACAAAGAAGAUGAAGUGGACAAUAUGUAUCCGCGUACUGGGACUAGUAAAAAAAACUUGCACUUCAGGACGUUUUUUUUAUGUUCAUUUCGAUUAUUUGUAUUGUGAUGGGAUUGGAUGCCAAGUGUCCAACCAAAAACUACUGGACAGCAAGUUAUUUGUACCCUAAGUAGUUUUUUCUAACACUUGUCUAUGAAAAAAAGAGAAAAGUUGUGUGCCUUUUUUUAACAACAGUCUUUUUGUAUGUGUUUAUUUUUAUUUUUUAAAUAUUAUUUAUUGAACACAUUCAUGUAGCUGUAAAAUGUGUCGGAUUUUCUACAUAAAAGGACACAUUUCUCUCACACAGUCUUCCUAAUGUUCUGGCAAUAGUACAAGCUCAUUCAGCGGAUGUAUUUCUAAAAUCAGACGACUUCCCAGCACAUUUUGCACUUUGUGGCAUAGGACAAAGAGAGCGUGGAAAGCAUCAGUAAUUUACAUUAUAGUAAACAUGUAAAACCAAAAUAAUAAGAUUCAUUGAGCUGUUUUUUGUUUUAUUCUCCAAUAAUUCAUUUUGCAAUUUAAAUAACUCAUGGAUCAAAUUUCUUGAAAAACAUUUUGUAUUUUUGAUUCCAAAAAGUCCAAAGAUCCUGUAAAGAAAGCACCUUGAUGAUUUCACUGCUGCCUCUGAAGAGUGUGAUCUCACGCUUCAAGAGUCACCAGUGGAACAAAUCAAACUUCCGAACAGAAGUCAAAUUGGUCCCUGACGACGUCGUUGUGUAGCUGGAUGAAGAGUUCAGGCAAACGAAAGCCAAUUAUUGAGUGAAAUUCCACCAAAAAUAUCUAAAAUAAAGGUUAGAAAUCUCCUCACCUUGUGUUGUGCUGAGAUAUCCCCGUAUGGGAAAUCCGUUUCCACCUUGUUAACUCCCCCGUUUCAUUAGCUCACGUUCUCGUGAAUAGGCUUUAAACGGUGACUUUGAAUGACUGUAAGACUGUGUGCACAUUUAAAAAGACACCUGUUAGUAAUAGUAAUAAUUGUAGUUUGUAUUCCAGCACUUUGAAUAUGUCGACAGCUAGGCAGCUGGUUGCUGAUCUGUCCAACACUACCUUAAAGGUACCACAAUGUAAGGUGCAACCUUCAGAGUAUAGGGUGGGUGGGGUGUGUUUGUGUGUGUGCAUGUGAGUGAGCGCGUGUGUGUGUAAGUGGUCACAGAGUUGCACAAUCUCGUUGCACCCGGCUGUGUCUUGCCGACCCUUCAGCUGUUUGUAACAGUGUAUUUAUUAUCUUUCUCCUUGUAUAUGAUAAUAUUGAUAUUGUUAAUAUUCCCUGUAUAUUUGUUCUUAUUUAUAUGCACUACCACGUGUCAAAUCACAGUUCGACUGAAUUUUUUUGUCUGGUGGUUCUGUUUUAAUGUAUUUAGCAAAGCUGUUUUUGCUAUACGACCGUAACAUGAAGUUAUGCAGCUUAAUUUUUUGACAAUUUGAAAUGUUUGUACAGUCUGAACCAACAGCGCCUCGCGUGAGGUGCAGAAGAAGUUUUGUUUUUUGUCUUUUUUGUUCCUGGCGGAGUAUGAAGGCUGAAUAUUUACUGCAGUAUAUUGUGUACGGUGACGGGUCAUUGUACAGCGAUAGUAAUAUUUGCUGAAAUAUAUGACAGUUUCAAAUAUAUUUUUUCAGUGUUUUUCCUCACAAUAUAAUACUGUAAAAUGGUGUAUGUUGUGCUCAACAAAUGUUUUCUAUCAGAUUAUUAAAAUGGGCAUGUAUUACAGAA